GUCGUCAUUUCCGGCGCGCCGCUUGCUUUCUGUAGGAGUCGCGCUGCUGUGCUGUCAGUGUUUCGAUAAUGGCUCGUAAUGCAGAGAAAGCCAUGACGGCUUUGGCGAGGUUUCGCCAAGCCCAGCUUGAAGAAGGGAAAGUUAAGGAAAGGCGGCCUUUUCUUGCCUCUGAAUGUAACGAGUUGCCAAAAGCAGAGAAGUGGAGAAGACAGAUCAUUGGUGAGAUUUCAAAGAAAGUGGCACAAAUUCAAAAUGCUGGUCUUGGAGAAUUUAGGAUUCGUGACUUGAAUGAUGAAAUAAACAAGCUAAUCCGAGAAAAGGGUCACUGGGAGGUCCGAAUAAGAGAGCUGGGUGGUCCGGAUUAUGGGCGUAUAGGGCCCAAGAUGCUUGACCAUGAAGGCAAAGAAGUGCCAGGAAACAGAGGCUACAAGUACUUUGGAGCUGCUAAAGAUCUUCCAGGCGUUCGAGAACUGUUUGAAAAAGAGCCUGCUCCUCCACCCAGGAAAACACGAGUUGAGUUGAUGAAGGAUAUUGAUGCCGAGUAUUAUGGGUACAGGGAUGAAGAUGAUGGUGUGCUGGUCCCUUUAGAGCUAGAGGAGGAAAAGAGAGCCAUUGCACAAGCCGUGGAGAAAUGGAGAAUAGAAAAGGAAGCCCGUCUGGCAUCUGGGGAGAAGAAUGAAGAGGAGGAGGAAGUAAAUAUUUAUGCAGUGACUGCCGAUGAGUCUGGAGAGGACAGCGACAAUGAGAAUGAAAGAGAAGAGGGACAGCAAAAGUUUAUUGCCCAUGUUCCAGUACCAUCUCAGAAAGAGAUCGAGGAAGCCCUCUUACGACGAAAGAAAAUGGAACUUCUUCAGAAAUAUGCCAGUGAGGCUCUCAUGGCUCAAAGUGAAGAUGCUAAACGACUUUUAGGCGUAUAAAAUUGUAAAUACAUAUAACAACCCACCAGGUCCUUGUAAAUUCUCCUAUUUUGUUACACUUUGUACAGAAAAUGAAAAAUAUAGACUGCUUUUGUACAGUU